AUGGGGAAGCACUUUCUCAUUAGUAUCAAUGUGUUGCUUCAUACGUAUCUUCACAUCACUUCCAGCUCAGCAUCGCCAACAGCCUUAGUAUCUAGCCCGCCUGAGGUCAAAUACAGCGACUACAUCUGUGACGAUAACUACCUCAGGGGCAAAUAUCUAAAGUUAAACAUAGAAGCAGCUUGGAUCGCAUUGUAUAAUAGCGAACCAACCCAUAGUUUACCAGCACAUGUGGGUGAUUCCUGGCCUUUCGCAAGCUCUUUUGGGUCGCUUUUUGUCUGGCCUAUUUUAAUGGAGAAUGAAUCCUUAGGCACUGCCGCGGUAUCCAAUGUUCGCAUCAUCAUUAACUUUCGAGCUACUUUGGUUGGAAUAGUGACCGUUCAUCAAUCCGAGCUCCGCUAUUGUCAAGAAGUCUUCAGCCCGAUGAACUCUGAUAUAUUCGAUCCGAAUUUACAUUCCAUUAUUGGGUUCAAAUGUGACAAACAGGUCUUCGAGUAUGACUACGUUUACAAUUCAUACAGUGCGGCUCUCAAAUCAUUACAAACAAGUGGAUUAAAACAUUCAGAAAUCUACCCAAGAAUGAUUAUCCAACGAGAUUCUCCAUAUCACAAUUUCGCAAUAUGGCCUCUCUUAUCACGCAAUAAAAUAUACACACCAAACGAUGAAAAUCUGGAAAAUUUUGUCGCGUUCAAAAAUAGCCCUGAUUCUCUAAAUGUCUUCCAUUUAGCUGAUGGAAAAGAAUUUGCGUGUCCUAUUAUUUGGAAGAAUUUUGUGCCCACUUUAUCGAUUCCAAGUUCCUUGAUAAACGGUAUCUUAGACCCCAAAGAUAGUCAAAUAGCUGUAGACUGUAACGGGCAAAUGUUUAAACACAAGUACAUUGAGGAUAACUUGCAAGCAGCCAUCAGGGGCAUCAAACAUCAGCAAGCAGGAGGCAGACCGUACCUAUAUCCACAAUUUGCUGGGGAUGACAUUCAAAUAUUUGGAUCGCGGGUUUGGAAAUGGCCCCUUCGACACCCAUCGAAUUUCUUUGAAGUGCGCCAACCAACUGUGGUAUUCUUUCUAACCAUAAAAGAAUCCAAAGAAUUUCAUGGUGUAUAUUUCUUUAAAGAUGGCAGGUACUCAGCUUGCAAAUUCCGAUGA